AAAACGAACAGUAUAAUCAUCAAAACGUGACUGACUUUCAACUUUAUGUAUAAAAUGAACAAUAAAUUCACAACGAGGAGAUUCAUCAUUUUAAACAAAGUGCACAUUCAUUUUUAUUAAACGUGCGCAGUUAAUAUAUUGGCAUUCAUUGCCUCAAGACUAUUGGAUAUCAUUGUGUGUGUAGUGUAAUCUCUUUCUGAAAUCAUGAAAACGGGUUGUUUCCUUUUGUUGGUGGUGUAUCUAUUAAAUAUAUUUACAACGACAAACAGCAAAAGAAUACCCACACUAGUUUCCACACAAAGGCUACAGCGUUACAUACAAAAGAACCCAAAUCCUACAAGAAAAGUGAGAAUCAUAGAAACUUCCUUUAACCCUAAUGCAACUAACAACUACACUACGGAGUAUGCGCAAGGACAUAUUCCACAAGCUGUAUAUUAUGACCUAAAUAAAUGUGUCACCAGUACACCAGAAAUACCAAGGAAUCUGCCCGAGUUGAAAUGUAUUACAGACUACAUGCAGAGCCUAGGGGUGUGGCCUGACACGUAUGUGGUAGUUUAUGCACGCUUUAGCGUUGUUCAAGCAUUUCGAACUUGGUGGAUAUUUCGGCUUUUCGGGCACAAGCUUGUAUCUGUUCUCGACGGUGGUUUACAGAAGUGGAUAGCUGAUGGAUAUAAAACCAGCACAAGUAUUCCGCUCGUAGACCGCUCAGCCUUUGAGGGAAAGCUAGACAGGUCUUUGUUCCGAAGCUUUGAAGAUAUGGUGGCAAAUGCUGUAACAAACAAGGAACAAGUUAUUGACGCACGACCACCUAACUCACCAUGGGUAUCGGGAAAAACAAGUGAGAGCGGUGUGAUCCCAGGUGCUAAGAUGGUAACCUUUACUACGCUGCUAAAUGCAGACGAAACCAUGAAAAAUAAGCCAAAAAUCAAAACAAUAUUUGAGGAUAACGGUGUAAAUCUGACAUUGCCAAUGGUAACCUACUGUAACUCGGGGAUGACGGCUACCGUUAUUGCUGGAGCUGCGCAUGUCCUAGGACUGGACAUACCUAUAUAUUACGGUUCAUGGAAUGAAUGGAGUCGUAGAGCGCCGGAAAAUCUCAAACAACGAGUCAUUGCUUAAUUGUGAUGAAGUAUUUCUUUCAACAAAAAGAUGAUUAGAAAAUUGAAAAGAAAUCGGCUAUAAAUAGAACUGUUUGAAAAGUAUAAUUAUGUAUAUAUAAAAUUAAUCUGGACUACAGAAUCUUUUUUCUGAAAUUAAUGGAUAGCAUACUCGCAAGUAUUUUGAGACACGUUUAUACCUUAAAAAUAAUGGUCUGACUAAUGAUGACAUAAUGAUUUUCUCAAAUAUGUUUGGGUUUUUUGCAAAUGUUCUUUAUAAGCUCUUAAUGAAAUAAAGUAUACAUAUCUCCGUAAUAUUUGGCUAAAAUCUUCUAAAGGCUUAAAAACUGAUGAACGUUUGAGUUCUGAAGUAAUAAAACGCGGUUUUUAAUAUUUGUUGUUUUUUUCCUAUUCUUUUGAUAUUCUUGAUAUGGAAAGGCUUGCACAUUCAGUACAUGUUGGGAAAUUUGCAAAAUUUGAGAAAUUGAUGUAAAUUUCGGUUAUUCUGGACUUAUUUAUACUUUAGGAACAUAUACAAUACAGAAACCUGACGGAUUUUCAUCUGAAUCAGAGCGUGAAAACAUUUGAACUAUGUAUGUUUAGACAUAGUGGAAGAUGGUUAACUACAGUUAUAUAUGCGCAAGGUUAUUUGACAGAUACCAAUAUCACCGGUUUGCCAAUAUCCUUGUGUUAAAUUAAUAUCUCUACCUUUGCUUUCAUAUACAUUUUGUAACAAGCUAUUCACUAGUAAAUGCACUGUAAGCAAUUGUAAAGAUCAAAUGUUGCGUAAAGUGCAAACCUAUAAAUAAACUAUGAUUACACACUUC